CGUGGUGCGGUGCAAUGCCCCCGUGGCUAGGUCAUUCACUUUCAUUUUUCAUUCAGUGGCUGAAAGCCUGAAACUGGGAUUGAGGUCUCCAAAUGGAAAGCGAGUUGAGAUCCAAUGUGUGCUGCUGUGGGUGCAACCCAAAGCGAGGCAUCCCGCGCCUGGGGCACUGCAGUAUCAACUUCCAGUCUCGGAUCCCGGUGGGGGCCAUGCUGGGCAGCAGUUCAGGGUCCAAGAAAAGCACCUAUAUACAGAAACACGAAACAGCAGAGAGAUUUGCUUUAUUGUGGCAACGGCAUGAUGUUGCCCCAUCUUUUGCGACCGAGCUGAAGAUGUUCUCAUCCCAGGAGAGAGAGCGGGAGAAUAUUACAAAAGAGCAUGGGAUGCGACAAGCAAAUGAAUCAGAAGCUGUUGAUUCGGCAGUGUCCCCCCUAUCCUUCUCCUGACCUGUGCGCCAGUCAUCCCACGGAACGGCUGAAAUGAAGAUAGCCUCGACAGAAGCCGCUCCUCGGUCACUCGAGACGACGAUUCCGAUCGAGAACGGGCGCCAGGUCGCCAUGAUCGUGACGUCGACCUUGGCCAUUGUCGUCCCGACCAUCCUCGUGGGCCUGCGCUUCUGGGCCGGACGCAUGAUCCGCCGGCGGCUCGACGCGAGCGACGUGUGCAUCGUCGCCGCGCUCGUCUUCACCAUCGGCCUGCACAUCGACAUGUACGUCAUGGUGCUGCUCGGCGGCUUCGGCUUCCACGGGGGCGAGAUCGUGCAGCGCUUCGGCCCGGACACGCUGAUGCUCUUCCUGAAGGGAAUCCUGGCCUUCCCCAUCAUUUGGAACUUCACCAUCUGCUUCAGCAAGCUGUCGGUGCUGCUGAUGUACACGAGUGUCAUCCCUGUGCGCGAGAUGGUUACCGCCUGCCGCGUCGUCGGCCUGCUCAUCGUCCUGUGGAACUCGGGCGGCGUGUUGGGCGCCCUGCUCCUGUGCCGGCCCAUCGCGCUCAACUGGGACAAGUACCUCCCGGGCACCUGCGGCGACAACUGGCUCUUCUAUAUAUGGCUCGGCGGCAUCAACGUCGUGGUCGAAGCUGUUAUCCUGUUGCUUCCCGUGCCGUUUAUCUACCGGCUUCAGAUGAAGACGUUCAAGAAGCUGGUGGUCAUUGGCUUGUUUAGUGUCGGGUGGAUGACCUGUGCCGUGACCAUCUACCGCCAAGCCUCGCUCCCGCACCUCUACUUCGAGGACAUGACCUACACGGGCGUGCUGGCCACCAUCUUUACGGGCAUCGAGCCCGCCGUGGCGCUCUCGCUCGCCUGCGUGCCGUUCCUCCGACCGCUGAUUUACCGGAACGGCGGCAACAACAGCAACAACAAUUUCUCGACGGGCUCAGACAACAGCCAGUACGCCAGCGCUGGCGGCGGCAGCACCACUCUCCGGAGCAAACGAGGUGGCGGCGCCGGCCGGUCGGGGGCAAGAAGCGGGAAGGGCGGUGGGCCGUCCAAGGAGGAGCACGACGACAACGACGACUCGUCUGAGAUCCAGCUCCGGCCCUUGGAGGGCAGCGGCGAGUUGCGGUACGAGGCGGACGUGAGUCCCGGGGGAAGGAGGGGGCCGACGCCGACGGGAUCCACGGAGGGGGCUAUCAUGGUCCGAAAGGGCUGGGAUGUCGUCUCCGGGGUUCGACCGGGGUCGUGAUCGUGAGGGAGUGUGAGAGGUUAUGGCGUGUCUUUCUUUUGCUUUUUUGUUUUUCUUUUCCGGGCCGUGUGAGAGGGGACAUGCAGGCAUGUCAUUUUGGUAUCUUGGCGCUGAAACAAGAUAACUUACUGUCAAUCUCACAUCUGCUCUUCUCAAACGUUACUUCCUCUGUUACCGUGGGUUAGACUAAUUGGAGUACGUCGACUCGAGAGUCGAGAGGGUGGCACGGAGCGUACAACGAACUGAUAUGCUAGGAACGGUACUUUUCCCACGGCAGUGAAUGCCUGCUACAACAAUUUGAUUAUUGUAUGGAUUCCAUUCGAGUAACGGGAACCCACGACGGACCCAAGUACUACUGUGGUAGGGCUCAUC